GAAGUGCCCGGAAGGAGCGCGACUCGGGAGGGACUGGGGCUCAGGCGAGGCGAGCGAUGCGACGGACGGGCGCUCCGGCUCCGGCGGCUUCCCGGGGGCGAGGUCGCGAGCGGGGCGGCGGCCCCGGGGCCGAGGAGGCCACGCCGUCGCUGCCUCCACCUCGCGGCGGAGCCCGAGCACCGGAGCCUCAGAUGAAAGAAACGAUGAACCAAGAGAAGCUCGCCAAACUGCAAGCCCAAGUGCGCAUUGGUGGGAAAGGAACUGCUCGCAGAAAGAAGAAGGUGGUUCAUAGAACAGCUACAGCAGAUGAUAAGAAACUUCAGUUCUCUUUAAAGAAGUUGGGCGUAAAUAAUAUCUCUGGUAUUGAAGAGGUGAAUAUGUUCACAAACCAAGGAACAGUGAUCCACUUUAAUAAUCCUAAAGUUCAAGCAUCCCUGGCAGCGAACACUUUCACCAUUACAGGCCAUGCUGAGACAAAGCAGCUGACAGAAAUGCUUCCCAGUAUCUUAAACCAACUUGGUGCAGACAGUCUGACUAGUUUGAGGAGACUUGCUGAAGCUCUGCCUAAACAAUCGGUGGAUGGAAAAGCACCACUUGCUACUGGAGAGGAUGAUGAUGAUGAAGUUCCAGAUCUCGUGGAGAAUUUUGAUGAGGCUUCCAAGAAUGAAGCAAACUGAAUUGAGUCAGCUUCUGAAGAAGAUAAAACUUGAAGAAGUUACUGGGAGCUGCUAUUUUAUAUUAUGACUGCUUUUUAAAAUUUUGUUCAAGGAUCUAAUAAGAUCUAGAGCUAAUAUUUUUAAGCUCAAGCCCCUUGGACACUGCAGCUCUUUUCAGUUUUUGCUUAUAUACAAGUCAUUCUUUGCAGCUAAUUAAGCGGAAGAAGCCUGAGAAUAAAGUUUGAAACAAAGGUUAAUAAAGUUCUUUGCCUAGUA